AUCAAGCUACUUGUGAUUCUCAACUAUUCCAUCCAUCAGAUCUUUUGGGCUCUUCCCAAAUAUCGUAGAAAUUUACAUAUUGAAAGAGUUGAUGCAGUUACGCAUAGGCUUACCAGAUGGAAGUGUUUCCACAAUUCAAGUGGACCAAGACGCAACUAUAGACCAAUUAAAAGACAAGGUAUGUCAAGAAAGGAAAAUAGACCCUAAAACCAAGCGCUUUGUGUUGAUAGUUGUUGUUGGUUGUAGGAUUCGUCUUAUUUAUUCUGGAAAGUUAUUGAGUGAAGGAAGUUCGAGGUUAGUAGAUUCGAAAAUAGAAGACGGUUCUUAUGUUCACUGUGUUAUCUCAGAUGAAGUUAACGUAACGUCUGCUGGUCGCACCAGUAACAAUCAAGAAAGAAGUGAACGGUUACAGACACGCAUUCCCGUAGUUGAUCCCCACUCAGAAUAUCGUGGCUUGGACCGUCUUCGUGAGGCAGGCUUUACGGAAGAUGAAAUUGCAGUCCUGAGGAGACAAUUUGCACGCAGUCAAGGAUUGAACCCUGACCAUCUGGAAGAGACAGGAGAUUUGAGAGACUUGGAAGAAAGGUGGAUGGCUGAUGCCUCUACUCAUGAAAUAACAGUUGGAGAUUUGGAAGGUGGAGCUUUUACUGACGAGUCUGUUUUUGGAGAGAGUGAGGGAACUGUUCAUGACUUCGUAUUUGGUUUAUUGGUUGGUUUUCUUUUGGGUAUUAUUGUGUUGGUGUUUUUAUUGGAUCGAGGGCUUCCACGAAAAAGAAAGCUGGGCAUUUUGGCAGGAGUUGUCGGAAACUUGUUAUUUGGUAUUCUUCGUUCAACAUGGUUGAUGACUCAUGAGCAAGACCCCUCUUCCGGACGUUCUGGAGAAUGAUACUGAUUGGUGAUGGGUUUCGUUACUUUUGAUGUUAGUGAUAUAGAAAUGGGUACAAUUGGCAUCAAUCUUUGUGUUUAUUUUAUUUGAAUGGAUGUAUCAGUCAUAGAUGUAUAUGGGUUAAUCUGUUAGAUAUUACUUUUUCAAGUACAACUUGUGCAGCCAGUCUUGCUAUCUGUUUAUAUACAUACAGCUUAGAAAGAGCACUUAAUAAAUCAUUUUGUUAUGAU